AUGACUUUCCCUCCAGCGCCCGCGCCCGAUGUUGAUUGGACCAAGCUCGGCCUCGCCGUCACGGACAUGGUCAAUGGCCAUGUGCAAUCGACGUAUUCGGUUGAAACAGGCGAAUGGUCAGCUCCCCGACUCGUGGUUGACCCAUUCAUUCGCGUGCAUGGCUUGGCGCCGGGGCUGAAUUACGGUCAGCAGGUGUAUGAAGGUCUCAAAGCUUACCGCACUCGAAACGGUAAGAUCCAGAUCUUUCGGCCCGAAUAUCAUGCUGCACGUAUGCAGCAUUCGGCCGCAGUGGUGUCGAUCCCUUCGGUACCCAUCGAUCACUUUAUGACAGUGAUCAAUGCGGCGGUGGCACGCAACGCAGAAUGGGUGCCCCCGUACGAGAGUGGUGCGGCACUGUAUAUCCGCCCGGUUUUGUUUGGCUCCAGUGGACAUCUAGCCUUGACGCCACCAAAUGAGUACACACUCUGCGUGUAUGUCCACCCUUUCAGUAGUUACCAUGGAGUCGCACCAUUGCCGGCGGUGGUGAUGGAGGAGUUUGAUCGUGCUGCUCCCAAGGGCGCUGGUCAUGCCAAGAUCGGUGGCAACUAUGCGCCCGUGAUGAAGUGGUCGCAAGAAGCCUCCAAGGCUGGAUUCCCCAUGACCUUGCACUUGGACAGCAAAACGGGCGAAGAGAUCGACGAGUUCUCCACUUCGGGCUUCAUCGGAGUGCGAUCGGAGGAAACGGCCGACCAGCUUGAACGAGUCGUCCUCGUCGUGCCCAAGAGUGACAACAUCAUCAACAGUGUCACGUCCAACAGUCUGAUGGAGAUUGGUAGAGCCUUGGGAUAUCAGGUGGAAAACCGAUCAGUGAAAUACUGGGAACUGUCAACCUUUAGCGAGGUCAUGGCGGUAGGGACGGCUGCCUGUUUGGUGCCGAUCUCGUCCAUCACACAUCGUUCGCACGAUGAUUACUUCCAGUAUACGAAAGAAAAGACUGCAGGUCCAAUCUGCCAAAAGUUGUAUGCAGAGUUGACAAGCGUUCAGCGCGGUGAUAGCGAGGAAUUUCCGGAAUGGAGUUUCGAGGUGCAGCAAGCUUAUGUCUAG